UAGGCCAAGAAUAUAGGUUAUUUGCUUGUUUGCUUUUGCUUAUUUUUCCUUUCCGGAGAGGCAGAGGCUUCCUCUUGCAUUCAGGGUUCAGCUUUUGCUUAUUCCCAAUCUAGCUGACACUGAGCACCCCACUUCCUUGAAAAGCCCAGGCCCUGCUCCCUGCUCCUCAGGGUCCCCUGCACAGGUCUGUCUGACUCCUCGAAGCUCGCCUGAGCUCUGCCUGCUCCCAUCAUCAUGAUGAUGUGGUCUAACUUCUUCAUGCAAGAGGAGGACCGCCGUCGAGCAGCUGUGGGACGGCGUCGUGCCCAGGGACAGCAGAAUCUUGGCUUGACUCCGGAGCUCGAGGGCAAGAUCAAGCUAGUGUUGCUGUUGGCUGCCGUGGGUGCUACCCUGGCUGUGCUGUCGGUGGGCACCGAGUUCUGGGUGGAAUUUAAUACAUACAAGACCAACGGCAGCGCCGUCUGUGAGGCUGCCCAUAUGGGGCUGUGGAAGGUGUGCAUCAAGCGACUGUGGCAGGCGGACGUGCCCGCGAGCAGGGAGACCUGUGGCCCGGCUGAGCUGCCAGGAGAAGCAAACUGCACCUACUUCAAAUUCUUCACCACAGGGGAGAAUGCACGCAUCUUCCAGCGAACCACCAGGAAAGAAGUAAACCUGGCAGCUGCUGUGAUAGCUGUACUGAGCCUGACAGCCAUGGCCUUGGGCUGCCUCUGUGUCAUCAUGGUGCUCAGCAAAGGUGCAGAGUUCCUGCUCCGCUUGGGAGCCGUCUGCUUUGGCCUCUCAGGUCUGCUGCUCUUGGUCAGCUUGGAGGUGUUCCGGCAUUCCGUUAGAGCCCUGCUUCAAGGAGCCAGCCCUGACACUCCCCCAGCUCCACGCCUGACCUAUGAGUAUUCCUGGUCCCUGGGAUGCAGUGUGGGUGCUGGCCUGAUUCUGCUGCUGGGGGGAGUCUGUUUCCUGCUGCUCUCCCUGCCUUCCUGGCCGUGGCGGUCACUGUGCCCCAAGCAGGGUGACCCAACCACCUAGAGCCCUAGAGCCCUGGCCUGCUUUCUGCAGGCAUUUGCCAAGCCUGCCUCAGUUUCCAUCUUUCUCCUCAAGACUUUCCAUUUCUCUUCUGAGAGACUGUUCUUCCCACUCUGGGGGUCCAUUUUACAAAACAUCUUGGCCCCUCAUUUUCUCUCUAUAAAUAACACUUUUGGGGGUGCAGGAGAGAUGGCUCAGUAAGUAAAGUACUUGCUGACCAAGUCAUGAGGACUUGGGUUUGGGCUUCCAGAACACACUUUAAAAGCCAAAUCAGUGGUACACUUCUGUAAUCCCCAGGGUUGGGAAGUUAGAGACUGGGGGAACCAUGGCGCUUAGUGGCCAGAUAACCUGGCCAAUGAAUUAGGUCCAGGUCCAGUGAGAGACCCUGUCUCGAAAAAUAAGUUGGAAGCCAUGGAGGAAGAUGCUUGAUGCUGAACUCUGACCCCCUCCCAAUGCAUCUGUGUGUAUGCACACACACACAGACACACACACACCCUUUCUUGGUAGCUGAAUUUGGGUUGCUUGGGGGAGGAUGAGAAGAGGCUAUGUGCAAACGUGGGCUUCCUGGAGAACCUUCCAGGGACCUGUUGGGG